GGUGGGCAGGAGAGGAAUACUCCCCCGGUUUGCUAGAAAUAGAUUUGGUCAAAUUGAUAAAGUUGAGCAAAGUUCGGAGCGCUUUUUUGUUGUUGUUGGAAGUUUAGUGUCGGGAUCAACCACAACAACAGCGGAAGGAGAGAAGAGACUUUAGAGUUUUUUCUUUUACAUUCUGUCUCCUAAAAAGAAAAAAAAGGAACCGAAACGAUUUACUGUGUUGGAUAAUCACAGGAGAAACUUUUUCCCACCGCACACAACUAACUCUGGGCUGCUGAGAUGCGGUGAUGGAGUCCGGGGACGUUUCCAAGAUGACUGCUGUUCUCCUGAAGCCCAUUCUCACAGGAGGAACCAUGAGAGGAUCUACCUUUCUGAUCCUCACCGUCUUUCUCUCCGCUGUGGGCCAGGUGACCGGCGGCAGUCUGACAGAUCUGGAGUUUCAGCGGAGCCCCAACACCAUCAUCUCUUCGCUGGGCAAACCUGUCACAAUGCACUGCACCCUGAAGGACGGGGGCGAGGAGGAGGACCCCCCCGACGUGCUCUGGCUGAGAGACGGUGUGCCGCUCCUGUACGCCGACACCAACCAGUUCCAAGUCCACACCGGCGGCAACAGCUGGUCGAUCAUGAGCACGCUCAGGAUUGAGAAGGUCCAGCUUCCUGACAUGGGCGCCUAUCGAUGUGCUGUUCUGUCAGAAAGCCACAAGACCAUGUCUGAGGAGGGGAGCAUUCAGCUGGAGGGCCUUCCUCAUUUCUCCGUGGAGCCUCAGCACAUGUCUAUAGUGGCCAACCUAUCCCUGAGCCUGAGCUGUGUGGCCCACGGGCCUCCAGAGCCGGUGAGAGUCAUCUGGCUGCAGGACGGAGCUCCUCUCAACUCCCUGACGGACCCGGUGGCUCUGUCGCCCUCCACGCUCAACCUCACAGGUUUGAACCGGACCAGCACUUUUUCCUGUGAGGCCCACAACCGCAAAGGAGUGGCCACCUCUGGAUCUGGUACCAUCACUGUCCUCCCGUCCCAGCCUCAGAACCUGAGAGCCGUGGAGAUCACUCCGACCAGUCUCCGUUUAGCGUGGCAGCCCGCUUUUGGAGGCGACUACCCGAUAAUCCGCUGCUCUGUCCAGGCCAAACAUUCGGGAGAGUCCUCCGCAGCAGGCCUAGAUAAGAUGAUCCACAACCAGAAUGUGAACGUCCCACCGGCCACACACCUCAUCGGGGAGCUGGAGCCCCACAGCCUCUACGCCGUCAGGGUGGCCUGCCACAGCAGCCAGGGCCCGUCUGACUGGUCGCCCUGGGUGGAGCUACACACCAAAGAAGGAGUGCCAGAAAACCCACCUGUGAACGUGAGUGCUGCGCUUAACGGGACGGAUGUGCUGGUGACGUGGGAGGAGCCUCCGGGGAAGCUGAACGGAGAGCUCCAGGGCUACCUGGUGGAGUACAGCACGCCCGCCGCGCAGCAGUUUAUCAAGGACAUCGGACUGUACACGGAGCUGUCAAUCAACCUGUCCCUCCCCCUGUCCAAUGUGACUUUUAGAGUGUGCGCCUAUACAGGGGCGGGGCAAGGGCCCUGGACCCCCACACAGACCCUGACUCUAAUUGUUCCGGAAAUGGAGGAAUUUAGAGGUGAGUCCGUCCUCGCCCCGGCCUUUUCCUGGCACUGGUGGUAUGUGGUGAUGGCCAUCGCCGGCGCCGUGGCCAUAGCUGUGCUCAUGGCUGUUUACGUUGCCAAGCUACGGCGCAAGGAGACGCGUUUUGGGGAGGCAUUUGAACCCAUGAUGGAGAGCGGGGAGCUGGUGGUCAGGUACCGCGCUCGACGCACCUACAGCCGCAGGACCACAGAAGCAACACUGAACAGCCUGGGCAUCAGCGACGAGCUGAAGCAGAAGCUCCAAGACGUGAUGGUGGACAGACAUAAACUAACCCUGGGAAAGACGCUGGGAGAAGGGGAGUUUGGCUCUGUGAUGGAGGGGCUGCUGACUCAGGAGGAGGCUGCCCUCAAAGUUGCUGUGAAGACUAUGAAGAUUGCCAUCUGUACCCGCUCAGAGAUGGAAGACUUCCUCCGCGAGGCUGCCUGCAUGAAAGAGUUCGAUCAUCCCAAUGUCAUGAGGCUUCUAGGUGUGUGUCUGCAGACUGUGGAGAGUGAAGGUUACCCCUCCCCUGUGGUCAUCCUGCCCUAUAUGAAACACGGAGACCUGCACAGCUAUCUGCUCUACUCAAGGCUGGGAGACUGUCCCGUGUACCUCCCGUCUCAAAUGCUGGUAAAGUUCAUGACCGAUAUUGCCCGAGGGAUGGAGUACCUCAGCUCCAAGAACUUCAUCCACAGAGACCUUGCCGCUCGCAACUGCAUGCUGAACGAGAACAUGAACGUCUGCGUGGCCGACUUUGGCCUCUCCAAGAAGAUCUACAACGGAGACUACUACAGGCAGGGCCGGAUCUCAAAGAUGCCCGUCAAAUGGAUCGCCAUUGAAAGCUUGGCCGAUCGCGUCUACACCACCAAGAGCGACGUGUGGUCAUUUGGAGUCACCAUGUGGGAGAUCGCCACACGGGGCCAGACUCCGUACCCCGGAGUGGAAAACAGCGAGAUUUAUGAUUACUUGAGACAAGGCAACCGUCUCAAACAGCCUCCUGAUUGUCUGGACAACAUCUACUCCCUGAUGUUCUCCUGCUGGCUGCUGAGCCCAAAGGACCGUCCCUCAUUCGAGAACAUGCACUGCGAGCUUGAAAAGGCCCUUGACGAUCUGCCGGACACCCAGGACCCUGACGAGAUCCUGUACGUCAACAUGGACGAGUCCUCCAUGGAGCUAGGGGCCGUCGGGGGCCGUGACCCCAUCGGAGGGCCGUCCCCUCUCUGCCUGAAGGGCCUGGACUCCGUGACCACCGCGGAGGUCCACCAGCCCAACCGCUACGUCCUCUGUCCCCAGCACGAGACCAACAGAGCCCUCUCAGACUCCCUGGAGAGCCUGGACAUGCCGGUGUCGUCCUCCACAGCCACGCUGCCUCUACAACCAUCCUGCCGCUCCUCUCCCAACCCCACCCCAGCCCCCACCCCGACUGUGGAGCUGCUGGAGGACAGGGAAGCGUCAAGGAAAGUGCCCUGGUAGUGACGGCUCCACUCUUUAAACAUGACUCUCACUGCCAAAGUGUGCAGUCUUUUAACCCCAGUCCAAGAAUCGAGAUCCAGCCUCUUGCUACUGACUGUAAGAAACCCUAAGGAGCCCCGACAGACAGAUUUUUGCACAAAUGCACACACAGCCAAUGGCAUUCCAAGGAAGUGAAGGAUCGGGAUUAUUUCCUCUCUCUUCUGAAACGAGCACAUUUCCAAGUGGGUGUGAAAGUAAGUUACAGUGGGUGAUCAAGUUUAGAAAACACGUUGUUGCCCACGAACACUGCAGCACAAUCAGAGAAAUGCAUUCCCAGUCGCCAUAGCAAUAAAAGACGGAUCUGCACAACUACCUGAAUACAGCAGAUCGAUCUCCUCCAUGUGAUUAAGCUACAAAGUCUCUGUGAAACCAGCUCCAACACUGCCAGGCUGAAUCCACAACCAAACACACUCAGAGGCCUGAAUGCUAACGCAGAGGACUCACACCAGCCGAGGAAAGUCUUCCUCUGAGGGAGAACCCUCACCUGUCGGAAACCCUGUAUCUGUAUAACUCAAAAGCAAAAAUGACUGGAGGACUGGCAGUAAAGACAGGAAGAAACAUCAGAGUCCCUUUUCAGUGAAGGCGUCUCAAAGGUUAUAUAUAUUUUUAUGAAGGACAGUAAGAAGAGUUUAGCGACAGAAAUCCCUCAACUGAAGUUCACCAAACCUGAAGUUAGAAGACUUUUUCCCCAUAGCAGCAACACAAUAUGAAUUAAAUUGAUAUCUUUUUUUAAAAUAAGUAAUUAAGAAUCCAAAAUUUACAAAGAUAAUACCGUUCCACUGCAGGCUUUAGAGACAUUUCGUUUGAAGCAGUUUUAAAUGAGUAGUCUACCAUCCACAGUAGUUUGUAUGAUAGCCGCAUGUAGCACACUAGGUCCUACUGCUAGUAGUGCGUUAAGCACAAUGAGCCGUUUAAAGUUCUCACAAGGCUCUCGUCACGAGCAGGAGAGACGCCUGUGAAAGUCCGGAUUCAACCAGUCUAUACAUGUUUUGUCUCAGGAACUCAGGAACCUGAGACUUUGCUCAACGGGGACAGAGGUACUGGUCAAAAGAAGAACUACGGUACUGUUCAAACAAAUAAGAGACAGAGGUACUGGUGAAACAAAGAGAGACAGAGGUACUGGUCAAAUAAAGAGGGUACAACAAUCAGAGGCAGGUGGAUGGACUGAUGGAUAGUACGGACAUGACGGAGUAACCCAAGGCAAACGGCAGGAUAAGCUCCUCCCCUUUGCUUUUGGCAGAAAGCACAGUGUUAUUACACAUUUUGUAAUUUUUUUUAUGCUGAUUUUUGUAUUUCUACAACUUUGCACUAAUGUCUUUUAUAUCAUUGUAUGUUUGUUUAUAAUUUGUAUAUCCUUCAUGCUUUUUUCAUUGUAUGUUAUAAAUACUUUCCUUGUUCAGUCGUCCUGCAGACGCCUCUCAUGAAAUCAGUUCACAGAUAACAACUUGCAUAUUCAUAAAGGAAAGAAGUGAAAGCAUUGCGGGGCGUCCAGUUCACCGUAAGCGAGCCUGGAGGCUGGGGAACGUGAGGAACCUCACCACCUGACAUCAUCCUGGCUUUCUCUUUUAUUCCGGGCUGUUUUCCUUUGUCGAGGUUUAUCACUGUAAAUAAAAGUCUGGCACCAGCAGAGUCGAGGAGGAGUGAGAAAGCAGCACCGAGCGUGUCCUGCUUUAAGUUUCACUAGCUGCCACUUUGCAUCAUGCAUGCACUUAUUUUUAUAUAUAUAUGUACAUAUAUAUCUUUGCUUUAGUUCAUCAUUUUGUCAUUGAAAUGGACCAUAUUCCAACACACAAUUUUGGGAGAUCAUUUACUCCAAAUGAGUGCUGUGUUUCUCAGAUGUAUGCAUCAAAAGGUACAUAUAUAUAUAUAUAUAUAUAUAUAUAUAUAUAUAUAUAUAUAUAUAUAUAUAUAUAUAUAUAUAC